UUGUUUUUAUUUACGUCAAUUUCAACUGUCAUAAAUAGCGUCACUUUACAAGAACCUAUACACAACUUUUUCUUGUUUUUGUCAAAAAAUUACCAAGAUGGUUGCUAUUGCUGGAUGCUGCAAGUGUUGUGAUAACAUGUUGACGAAGGUGGCCAAGAACAAAAAUUGUGUCUUAGGAAUUGGCAUAUUAUUCUUGAUGAGCUUGACAAUAACGUUCUUUGCCACAAUGACCAAAGACAUUUGCUACUUUGGCAUAAAGCUUAGAGGCCCCGCAUACUUUGUGGUUUGGGCCACGUUAUUGCUUAUUGUAAUAUGCGUGGUCGUCCUCUUAAACUCUAUAAUGAAGGAAAGCCCCAAGUGGAUAUUAACGAUGGAUAUAAUAAUAUUGGUGCUUUAUGUUAUACAUGUUAUUGCAAUGAUAGUUGCAGCUGUUACUUACGCGUCGAGAGAACGGACACAGCACGAGCUAAUGGAUCAAUCCUCUAAGAUACUUACUGCUUUCAUAUUUUUUCUUCUAGAAGUAACGUGGUUUGGAUUUAUUCUUAUUAUAUACAAAUAUUAUAGAACAACUAUUACAGUCAAGGAACAACCUGAAUCAUUUCAGGAAGGAUGAGUUAUACAUAUGUGUAUUAUAUUACAUAAAGUAUAUUUAUUUAUGUUCAUU